CCAGAAACCUCAUCCCCAUCUCCCAGGCUUCCCCAUCUCAAUCACACACCUCCCUCGCGCAACAAGCGGAGGACGCCGGCCUCCAUCCACCAGGGCACCUGCGCCGACCGCCUCUUCCUCACUCCUGCGGUGGCUUGCCUCCCUCUCCACCGGACGCCGCUCGCCUCCCUCUUCCGGCUCCCUCCUGCAUCCCGCGACCACCACCGCCCUUUCCCAACCGGACGCCGCCGCCUUCCUACUCGGAGGCCUGCACACGGCACGAUAGCACCUUGCUGUGAACUGGUAACAGGUUUGAAGGAAAGAAUAAUUGCGGUGCUGUGUUUGACUUCACUGCAAGGAGUAAAAUGAGGCUAAGUAUUGGACAAGUCCAUCGAAAUGUUCUUGCGCUGGCAUCUUCCAGAUCAUGCUUUGUUCUUGGAGACCGUCUUUCAUUCAGGAUGCUGUCACAACAACGGGCAGCUGGAUUCCAUCAGACUGCUUGGCGUGGUAGUCAAAUUGUAGAAGAUAGGGGAGGGCCAUUAACUCUUGCUAGCUUAGAAGUGCAAAACAGGGUUGAAUAUGGGAAGAAGGAAAAAAUGGCACGAACUGGAGGUCCUAAGCCAAGUUCAAGAGGUUCUUCCCUCAAUGUGAAACCUAGAGUUUCUUCUUCCCUCAAUAUGAAACCUAGAGUUUCUUCGCUUAAUGUCAAACCAGCGAAGAGUGCCUUGCCAAAGUCAACUGGGAUAAAGAAGACACUGAAGGUAGAUGAGGCUCUGUUUUCUGCCAAGUCAUUUGAAGAGCUUGGUUUACCACCUUUGCUUGUUGAUCGGUUGAACAAGGAAGGUCUGACUGCGCCAACUGAGGUCCAAUCAGCUGCUAUUCCUAUAAUAGCACAAAAGCACGAUGUGGUGAUCCAAUCAUAUACUGGCUCAGGGAAAACACUUGCUUAUCUUCUCCCAAUUCUUUCCGAAAUAGGCCCACUGAAGAGGCCUAUGGAGCAAGAUAAUUCUGAGAAAAGAUCAGGUAUUGAAGCAGUCAUUAUUGCUCCUUCCAGAGAAUUAGGAAUGCAGAUUGUGAGAGAAGUAGAGAAGAUUUUGGGUCCUAAUGAUAAGAGACUUGUCCAGCAACUUGUUGGUGGUGCUAAUCGUUCUAGACAAGAAGAAGCAUUGAAGAAGAACAAGCCAAUUAUUGUUGUUGGAACACCUGGCCGUAUUUCCGAAAUUUCAGCAGCAGGUAAGCUACACACCCAUGGCUGCCGCUUUCUUGUACUGGAUGAAGUCGACCAGCUUCUGUCUUUUAAUUACCGUGAGGAUAUGCAUAGAAUUUUGGAGCAUGUUGGAAAGAAACCUGGUACCACAUCUAGGGAUAUUCUUGGUCCACUUGCUAGGCGAUCUGAGCGUCAAACUAUCUUGGUUUCUGCAACAAUUCCUUUUUCAGUUAUACGAGCAGCAAGGAGUUGGGGUCACGAUCCAGUUCUCAUUAGAGCUAAGAGUGUACUUCCGCUUGACUCAAUCACUGUUCCAAGACCUGCAUUAUCCCAGACUGAUGCUAACUCGAGCUCACCAUCAAACUCAGUGAACCAAGCUGCUGUUGGCAGCUUGCCACCAUCAUUGGAACACUACUACUGUACAGCCAAGGUUCAACACAAAGUUGACACCUUGCGGAGAUGCAUCCAUGCUCUGGAAGCACAGACAGUGAUUGCAUUUAUGAACAACACCAAGCCACUGAAGGAUGUUGUAUUUAAGUUGGAGGCCCGUGGUAUCAAAGCCACUGAGCUCCAUGGAGAUCUUGGAAAGCUUGCAAGGUCUACAGUCUUGAAAAAAUUCAAGGAUGGUGAAUUCAGAGUUCUUGUUACAAAUGAGCUGUCUGCCAGGGGACUGGAUGUGCCUGAAUGUGACCUUGUGGUCAAUCUGGACCUUCCAACUGACUCUACACAUUAUGCCCACAGAGCUGGAAGAACAGGACGUCUUGGGCGUAAAGGGAUUGUGGUCACAAUAUGCGAAGAAAACGAGGCAUUUGUUGUAAGAAAAAUGCGCAAGCAGUUAGCUGUGGCCAUCAAGCCAUGUGAGUUCACUGAAGGCGAGCUUGUUGUUCACAAGGAGGAAGAUGAGGAAUAAAAUCUUCCUGGUGCAGAUGACUGUUUCUGAUUACUUGUAGUGUUUUGUAAUAUGAUUAUGCAAGUUCUAUUGAUAGUACUUUGAAAAGUCUUUGCAUGCCCUGUUGGAUUUUCAUAUUGCCUGUGUUAAAAUGUUUGAAACCCCAGGCUGCAACCAGGUUAAGUUUUAGCGACCCUUGGAGGGAGCAAUUUGCUGUGGAAUA